GUACGUCGACACCGUGGAGAAGGGGGUCGGUGGGGAACAACGUAAAGAGGAAAAUGGCCGUCGGGGCUAUGGAAAAAGGGCAGGGACAUGGAGUGUUACUAGUUUCAGUGUGAAAUAACGCGUUUUUCGGGCAAUAUUUAAUUCGAUCGUGUGACCAAUUGGUUGUGUAUAGUGCAUCGCAUUAAAGUACGCGUGUUUCACAAUUAAAAAUUCGUACACAAAGUGCUAAAAAAAAUAACACCAACCAGGAAUAUUCUGUCCUUAUAAUACCUGAAGUGUAUAUCAAGUGAGAUAAGUGGUAACAAAAGGGUUGCUUAGCCGCAGAGGUUACAUCCUCGGUGACUGACGGUUAUGUUAUUAUAAACAAUAUGGCGGUCAGAUAGUCUUGAAUUGAAAUUCCCAAGACCGGUUAUCUCAGGGCAUUUUGCACUCUCGUUUCGAAGAUGUGAAGAAAGAAAUUGCGGAAUGAAGCCGCAAAAAAAGGCUUUUAUUGCUAAGAAGGCAACCAAACCAUCAGUGGUUGUCAAAAAGCGUCGUGCAAUUAUUGAAAAAUCAGCAAUGGACGCAAAAAAAGAGAAGAAACCAAAAAAAAUUGAAACUGAUAAAAAGAAAUUUGAAACAGAUAAAAAAUCAUUGUCAGAUGAAAGGAAGAAAAAUGAAGAAAAACGUAAAGAUAAACUCGACAAGUUAGAUGAAAAGAAAAAACAAAUUAAGGAUCAAGAAAAAAAGACAGAUAAGAUAAUCGAGAAGAAGACAGAUGAUAAUAAAAAUGAUGACGAGUCACUGGAGAAUUGUGAUAAGAAAAAAUGUCAAAAGUCAGAGGGAAAAAUUGUCGUUGAAAAAACAUUUUUUGAAUUUAAAACAAAAUCAAAUAAAUUCGAUAAAAUAAAUAAUGACAACAAAAUGAAAAUUGACGAACAAAUGCAAGAAAAGAAAAUUGAUCAGGAUGAAAAAAUUAAUUUAAAUGAUAAUAAAAUGACAAUAUUUUCAUUAAUGACAAAAAAGAAAAAUGAAAAAAAGAAAGAGACAAAAGUACCAAAAAUUGAGAAUUCCAAAGGAAUUAAGGAGAAGAAAAUUGAGCGUAAAAAGACAACUGACGGUAAUUUAAUGACAAAAUUAACAACAAAUCGUAAAAAAGAUCCAAAAGUUAAACAAACAAAGAAAAAUAAUCCCAAGAAGACAGUAUUAGCAAAAAAGUCAAACCCAUCAGUCGCUAAGAAAUUUUUGGAAAAGAAAAUGAAGCUAGUCAAAUGUUUAGAAACAAAUGAGUCGAUAACCGAAUUAAAUGAUGAGAUAAAAAAGAAAAAGAAAGCAGUUUUAUCGAAAAGUAAAAUUAUACCCGAGAAGAAAGCUUCAAUUGAAAAACAAGUUAAAGUUAAAUUACCUCCUAAGAAAUUGAUUCUCAAAAAGGAGAAAGAAGAAAAGGCGAAAAAUCUUGAGAAAACAAAGAAGAAGCAAGAAUUAGUCAAGGAUUGUGAAAAGACAUUGGAGGUGAAAAAAUCUGAAGAACUUGUUCUUGCAAGUGAAAUAAAAAAAGAAAUAAUUGACGAUGUACGUGAGGAAAAAAUUAAAGAAGAACCCAAAAAAUUAUCGCGAAACAAUACAAAAGGAAAGUGUUCAACGAAAAAGAAGAAGAUGACUAAAUCAUCAAAAUCACAAAGUGAUGACUCUUCAAAUCAGGAAGAUUCAUCGAAUGAAGAAACAAAAAUUGAAAUGACAAAUUUAAAAGAACAAGCGGAAAAUUUAGUGAAUUUGAAAGUUGAAUCAGUGAAUGGUGAAAGCACAGAAAGUUCGAGUGCCUAUGAGAGUAGUAGUGGUGAUGAAAGUUGGCGAAACGGUAAAGCAAGGAGCGGCAAUAAGCGUAAGGACAGAACCAGAACACCUUCCGAUGAACGUGCAAGAAGAAUGCGUCUUUUUGGUUUUUGGAGUGGACCAAAAAGACAUCGUGUCGCAUCACUAAAUGCACUUGCCAAAGUUCAUUGUUUAUAUGAAAAUGAAGCAGGUGGAGUUUAUCUUGGUGGUUUUUGUAAGCCAAAACCAGAGAAGGAGAAACAACAGAAAAAGGGCAAAGACGAGAAGGACAAGGAUAAGGAGAAAGAGAAAGAAAAGGAGAAGGAGAAAGAGAAGGAAAAAGAGCAAGUCGUAAAGAAGGAGAAGGAUAAUAAAAAGAAUAAAAAUGACGAUAGUGCUCCUGCAAAGAGGAAGCUGAGAAAUGUUCCCGGUUUAAGGGGUAAGCAUUGGGACAUGUCUGAAGGUAUGUCGUCUUCCUCAUCGUCCGAGGAGGAUUGUAAGAGUGUGAAAAGUGAAAAGGUCAAGAAGACCAUUACCAAAAGAAGAAAGAAAAAUGAAGAGGUGAUGGACUUGAAGGAUAUGGUGGUUUGCAAAAGAAUGGCGAGUCUUAAUGCAUCGGCAAUGUUGGCAGCUUCCUAUUCCGAUGAGAAAAUUCGUCUUGGCUCUGAUAGUGAUUCGUCAAGUGAAUCCGAGGUGGAAAUUAUCAAACGAAAGAGACACUACGAUGUCGAUUUGGAUAAGAAACGACAGGGCUCAGAAGCUGAUGAUGUCAUUAAACCUUCCAAGAAAGUCGUUAUUGUUAACCAAGACACAGAUGUCACCAUUACAGGUGUUUACGUGAAUCAAACUCGAUCCACUCAUCACGAAGGCUUUUGCAGCAUCGCUGGGAUGCAAUAUCGAAUAAGCUCAACGAGUCACACACAAACAGCAGCCACAGCAGUGGCAACGGAGCUUCAUGACCAGCAAAAACCUGAACAGCCUUGCAAAUCGUACACACCUCUUGGAGCGCUUUCAUCUAUGCAGCCUCCGGGGAGCCAAGGAAAUCGUUCCAACAUGUCUCCCAGAAGGCACUCUGCCUUUUCUGCUCCUCAUCAACAUGGGUACUAUCAGCCGGCUGGACCACUGAUACAGCAUCCCCCGACGUUACCUCCGGUAAAAGGACCACCACCGGAACCAACGCCAACGCCUCCGCAAAACUCGGAAAGUUCCGACGACCUCGUCGUGACUUCCGCUUCAAGUGGGACCAGCGGUGCAGGCUUUUACAGGGCGUAUUGUCCACAAUAUUACGGAACCCCUCCACAGGAUCAAUAUCUUUGUUAUCCACCUUCGUACUCGCAUCCACAUCCACAUCCUCCGCCUUACUAUAAAUAUCCACCGCCAACGUAUAGAAGACAAUAUUAUGGUUUCCAAGAAAGUGGUGCAGGUGGUGGACCCGGAGGAGCCGGAAAUGGUACCGGACCUGGUCCAGGUAUUGUGGAAUAUCAACCGCCUCCGCCGCCAGGCGAAUAUCCUCUACCUCCUUAUUACGCAGGUUAUCCACCUCCACCUCCGCCAAAUCCAGCUUAUUUACACGUGCAGGGACGACCAUUCGUAGACCAUGCAGCAUUCCAGAGCUGUCCAUGCCCGAUGCAAUCCUGUCCAAAAAACGUGGAUACUGGGCCCCUUAUUGGUAAUGGUAAGGGAGCGCCAGUGGCAUCGGGGCCCGGUCUGUCAUUGCCACCCAGUGCUUUGGUAGGGCCACCCUCACCUGCGAGGGGGCUAGCCGGGCUCGCGCCUCCUCAUGGUGCCAAUGCCUGGGAUACGGAUCGCGUCCAACUCAACCCUCUUCGCAACCUCAAUCAGAACCAACCCUCUUUAUCGACCUCCCAUAAUCAUGUCGGAAAUCAUAAUCAUACCCAAACCUCGGAAUGCAGAACUAAGGAUGACAAGAAAUGUGUGGAGAGUAAAAUUCGAAAAUGCACCUGUCAAAAACACGCGUGCACAUCAACAUGCGAAGUAAAAAUGGAAAGUAUAUCACCAUCGGAAAAAUUAUCAACACCAACAAGUUGUCCAAGCACGAAAAUUCAUAAUUUCAAACUCGAAAAUAAUAAUGUCAAAUGUGAAUCAUGUAGCGUUGAAAUUGGUGAAAAUAAUUUAAGUUGCGCAGCAAAUUGUAAUGUUAAAUGUGAAUCUGGUUACAAUUGUGAAUUACUAAAAUGCGAACAUUGCGACAAAAAUGGACAAAUAACAAUGCUCGAUAUUGAUAAAGAUUUAGGAAUUCUUCUUAUUGACGACAAACUCGAGACAGAUACUGAAGUUAAAGAGGAAUUAAAUGACGUUGUUGUUCUUGAUAAUUCGGAAAAUUGGAAAAAACCCGAUUAUGAAUCAACGGUGCCGGAAACCGUUGCCAAUGAUAAAGAUGAUGAAGAACCUUCCACAAAGACGUUGAUCGUCGAGGAAGAGCCAAAAUCACAAAAAUUAACAAAAAGAAAAUUAUCACUCGACAGUCUUUCAGAUUCGCGUAAAAAAAGAAAAGUCAAUAAACGAACAUUAUCAGUUGGUUCAACACGCGAUUCAACAAUUAUUAAUGAAAAUUCAACCACAUCACAAUUAAAUGUGAAUAAUGGCACAGAUACAUCAGAUUCCUGUUCAAUUAAACGAAAGCAAACAACAAAAAAAGAACCCCAAUGUUCAAAACGUAAAGCCGAAAAUUCCUCUACCUCCGAGACAUCAGUGAAAAAAAUAAAAACAUCCAAAUCAACAAAUGAUGAUUCAAUAAAAACUUUAGCAACUCACACAUCAAUUAUGGAAACAAUUAAUAAUGUCAUUCAACAAAGUGUUCAAAUGACAGAGAAAAAGGACAAGAAAUUAAAUAACAAAAAUAUUGUCGCUGAGAGGAAUCGAAAGAAUGCUAAUUUAAUGUCAACCAUUAAGAAAGUAACACGAAAACUUGAAUUAAAUUCAGUGAUGGACAAAAUUUUACCACCAAAAGUAGAAACAACAUCUUCAUCAACAACUACGACAACAACAACUACAACAAUGACAAUUACGACAAAAAAUAAUAAUAACAACAACAAUAAUAAUAAUAAUCAAUCGAAAUGUAAAAGUGAAACAAAAUCCAAAUCCAAAUUACAGGAAAAUGCCAAAUGUAAAAAUAAGGUAAAGGCUAAAUUAAUGGAUGUGAAAACAAAGAUUUUGGAUUUGAAAGCAAAUAUUAAAACGCAAGAGAUGAAAAAUCGUGAACAAGUGAAGAAAAAUGAUUAUUUACCAAAAUUAAGAUCAGGAGAAAUUGUUGAGGAUGGGAAAAAAUCACUUUUAAUUAAGAAAAAACGUAAAAGUACAAAGAAGACUUCUGGUAAAAAGACUGGUGGCAAGUCAGAGGAAAAUAUUGUCGUUAAUGAGCAUUUAACAAUUGCUAGAAAACCAUUUUUCAAACCCAAAUGGAGUAAUGGAUGGAGCUGGGAAGGCAAAGCUUAUGAGGCCAAAGUUUAUCUCACGAACGAAGAAUCAGCUAUAAGAAGAUGUUAUGCGAGUAUGAAACAUACUAGCGGAGACAUUUUGCGUCCCAGAGAUUGUGUUCUACUUAGAUCUGGACCACGCAAAGCUGAUCUGCCUUUCGUUGCAAAAAUUGCAGCACUUUGGGAAAAUCCAGAUGACGGUGAAAUGAUGUUCUCCCUAUUGUGGUACUAUAGACCUGAACACACUGAACAAGGGCGCACAGAAUAUGAUACCGAAGAUGAAGUUUUUGCAUCUCGUCAUCGAGACGCAAACAGUGUUGCAUGCAUAGAAGAUAAAUGUUACAUUCUAACAUUUAAUGAAUAUUGUCGAUAUCGAAAAAAUAUAAGGCGAAUGGACGAGGGAUUGGAAACUCCGUGUCUGAUAGUUCCUCCAGGAGAUCAAGUUUAUCCAAGAAAAAAUCGACAACCACCAUUACUGGCGUCAUCCGAUAUGGUUCUUUUUUGCAGACGCGUCUACGACUACAGGGGCAAAAAACUCGUCAAGAAUCCUGGAUGACUCGACUUUUUUACAAGUCACUGCAACUAGAAACCAAUGAGAUGCAUCAACUUCACAAAUUCAAAAAUUGAAACUAUUUUAAAGUUUCCCUUCAAACUUUCAUUGAUGUCUCAUUUAUACAAAGAAAGAAAGAAAAGAUUAUAAUUUCCUCUGGUAAAUUUUCUUUUUUUUCCAAAAAAAAGAAGAAAGUUUAAUAAUUUUUUUAAUUUCUCAAAUUAGUUAUUAGAAAUAGAAUGUGUGAGUGUGUGAAAGUAAAAUGAGCAUAAAUUUUUCAGCAUAAGAGAAUAUUUUUUACAAAGCAGCAUAUUGUUAGUUGAAAUAACUAUUUUUUAGAAAUAAAUGAAAAAUUGUUAUGAAGGGAAACUUUGAACAGUUUCAAUUAGAAAGAAAUGGGGAAAAAAUUUAAUUAAAAAGAAAAAAAGAAGUUUUGAAUGAAAAAAAAAUAUAAAAUAAAGUAGACACUUUCAUCUAUCUUCAAAUACAUUCUUCGUGUAAUGUGCAUUUUUUUUGUCAAUCAUGUUCAAGUGGAUGAAAGAAUCGUGAGAAAAAAGAAUCAUACUUUCUCGCAAUAUGUCUAAAUGUUAAAAAAGGGGACUGAAAGAUGUUAUAUUUUAAUUGUCAACCCGUCAUCACGACAAUUUUUCAUGUCCAUGUUUUUUUCACAUUUUUUUUCCUUGUUCCUUGUCGUUGCGUAGCUUUUAAUUUUUGUUUUCGUGAAUCUCAAAAAAAGAAAACAAAAAAAAAUGUUGUAAUUUUAGAAAGAGUAAAUUGUUUCCCAAAGCUUAUAUACAAAAUACUCUAGAUCGCAAAAUGACUUUGUACGUAUAUAUUAUAUAUAUAACUUUCGAUAAUAUUCCAUUUAUCAAGUUGAUCAUGAAUUCUUUUUUUUAUAUAUUAUUGUUGUGUGGCGGGUGUUUUGUUAAAAAAAAUUAUAUUAUUUAAUAUUAAUAUAUUGCUAUCGCUGAUUAUUAUUAAUAUUAUUGCUAUUUAAUAUCUAAUAUAUUGGACUUAGGUUGUAAGUUUCUUUUCCGAAAGAGUGGAAAUUGAGUAUUAAAAGAAGCGCAAUGGAGUAGGAAAAGAAAAAAAUUUUUUUUUGAGGGAAAGGAGAAGAAAAAACUCGAUGAAUGUAUGUGCGAGAGAAAGAUAGAGAAAUAGUUAUAAUCGAGUGAAUGAAUAUAUAAAAAUUAAAAAAAAAAAUUAUUUAAAAGGAAUACGAUCCGAAAGACCUCAAAAAAAAGAAACCCCCUCCAUACAAAUAUACCAAAACUCUUUUUCAAAAUCAUUCUUAUUGCGAUUUUAAUAUAUUUUCAAACUAAUUUAUUAACUUGUAUGAUUGUCAUUUAACAUAUAUUAUAUGUUUUUUUGGAAAAUGCAAUCGUAUUAGUAUAAACGAAUCGCCGGAAAUAGAUUACGAAACUUUCUAUCAAGUUUCUCUAUUUUUGGGUAAUCGUUUAGAGAGGUAAUUUUGUAUUCCUUUAUAUAUAUAUAUAUAUAUAUAUAUCGCUUACGAGAAAAAAUUGUAGAUUUUUUUUGCGUACAAAAUUUUAACUAAUUUCGAAGAAAAACUUUUUUAAAAAAAUAAUUCUCCGGAAUAAAUGUCAUGUAUUUUUAGCAAAUGUACUCUUCAUACUGCAUUCGCACUGAAGAAAAACAUUUUUUUUUUCGAAUAUGUUUUCCAGUGGAACUAUUUUAUAUUUCGUUUUUUGAAUGAAAAUUUUAUAUUUCAAUUUUUUUUUUUUUUUGUACAAUGUAUUUCAAUGAAAAUAAAACUAAUUUUUCAAAUGAAAACAAUUUUUAAAUGAAAACUUUUAUUUCUAAUAUUAUAGAAAUAGUUUUUAAAUAGAAAAUUUUUUAAAAAUUCCUUUUUAAAAAACCAGAAUUCUGUUUCUGUUUCUCGGUGCGAAUGAAGGUAAAAAUAAAAAAAUAAAAAUGUGGAUGCUGCGAAAUUUUUCAAAUGCGUGUAAAAUAGAUUGUCAAGUCUUCUAUUGUAGUUUUCGCGUUUUUCCGUUCGAGCGUUAUAUCGACGGCAUGUAUGUAUUUCCAAAAAAAGAAGAAAAAUUUCCGCAAAAGGUUAACAUGGGAACAUUGCACAAAAUGCAUAUCCUCUGUUUUAAUUCACACACAAACACACAUACACAUAGCCGACGAAUUUCAACCAACACUGUAUCCAUUUAAAAAAGAAAAUAAAAUAUCGAUAAGUUUUUUUAGAUAUAAAAUAAAAAAAAGCGCUCGUGGUAUUUGCGGGGCAUUUACGCGUCUCGUGUUUGCUUUAAUCAAACAAAAUGGUAAAAAAAUGAAGAAAAAUAAAAAGGAAUUACAAAGUAACUGAAUGAAAAAAAGAGAAAAAAAAACUUACAUACACCCGGAAAAAAAGCAGUUUGUGAAUCUUACAAAAUAUGAGAAAUUUUGUUAAAUGCGGUGCUUGAUGGUUUGCUGCCGGAUAAUUUUCACGCCAAUUACGCGUGUAACUUGAAUACUCGAAAAGAGCAAAAAAAAUAUAGUUGCUGCCAUUUUUUCAAAAAAGAAAAAAUUAAUAUUUUAAGAGUACCUACACGUGUGAUUGAAAGAAACAAAAAAAUAUAUAUCAUUCGAAUUCUCGCAAUUUUUAAACAUAAUCGACGUUGGUCUUUGUAAAUCCCUUCAAUGUGUUUCACUCAAUUUUUCUUCAGAAUAGAUUAAAAUAAUUUAAUUAUUUUGAUAAAUAGAUUAAAAAAUUUACACCGGUUAAAGAAAAUAAGAAUUGAAUUGAAUGAAUUAGAUUACAAAAAUUAAUGCCCAUUAAUUUAAUUAACGAUUUAACAAAAACUUGAAAGAAAACUAAUGAAAUUAAAGAAAGAUUAAAAAUGUAAAUGUAAUUUUUAUCAAUUUCGUUUUUAAAUUUAUUUAAAAAAUUCUAUAGUUUCUUAAUUAACAAAUAAAAUGAACAAAAAUCAAUUUUUUGCAGUUGGCAAAUAGUUUUUUGGAAAAAAAUUUAUUGUUAUCACAUACAUCAAAGCUCAGAAUUAAUAGAAAAAGAAAUUAUAAUGGAUGCUUUUUUUUUAAAUUCUUUGAUUUUAUCUUCAUUAUAAAAUGAAAUGAAAAUUUUUUGUGAAGAGAAAAAAAGUGAAACAUAAGGGAAAGGGAUUCUUUUUUUUCUUUAAGUAAAAUUUGACCGACGUAAAAUGCCUUUUUGUAGACGAUAAUCCUCUUGAAUUGUUGUUGAUGUUUUAUUAAUUUUUUUUUUUUAAUGGUUUCACCUGUGAUGUUAAAGCGAUGUAAUGUGCACUUACAAGCGACUUAACGACGGAACGGACAAGACGCUAAUUGCCUGUAUAGAAUUUUUGUCCGCUGUCUGCUUGAAUAUUUUUAAAUGUCGCGUUCUAGUGAUUCUAAAAACAACGGCUAGCAAGCCGGACAGCAAAAAAAACCGCGAGCAUACAAAUACAAUAAAUAAAUAAAAAAAAAAAAAGAAAAAAAUGAAAAGGAGAAUAAGAAACAGAAUUAUUUCUACACGAAAUUUAAGAGGAUGGUAUAUAAAUUAUAUACAUAUACAAAA